GAUACACCACCUACGAGGAUCUCAUGGCCUUUGUCAAUGCUCCACUACGAGAUGCAAUUACCGAUUUGCAUCAUCCUGAUGUCAAUGUCACGCCUCACAGCUCAUCGAUGGAUUAUGUGGUCGUCAAAUUCUAUUCACUGUGUACUCCGUUCCAGGACCUGGUCUGGCCCAUACUUAUAGAAAACAAUCCGGGUGUUCGCAAGGUUCUCGAAAGAAAAAUACGUUACAUUGACAAGCAGUGGAAACACUGUUUGCGGACCGAGGGGGAUGUUGCAGACGCAAUCGUCUUCAAUCUCCUCGUUCCCUGUACAUGCACAGAUACAGUUGCAGGCGUGCUCUUCUCACUGAUUAUGACACCAAUCACAUGAUAGUUGUGGACCAGAUACCAAGGUUGCCUGAACCGGGAGAGCCUGAACUUGGAACAAUUACAUUUUGCGACUGGUCAUCAUCUGCAGCCAAAAUCCGGGCGAAUGUCUUCCUAUUGGGUAUCAUUGGUUUGGUCGCGAUGGGUCUCUUGCCCCCAGGUCCACGGAUUCUCUUCGAUCUAGUGGAUUUACGCGACCUGCGCAAAAAGGACGAAAACGCGGAUUAUUACCCAAAGGAAGAUCCCAAUGUUACUCCAAAAAAAACAGAGGAGGCGUUUCGCAUCCAUAUCCGUUAGACUCAUUACCGCUGUUAACGCCAUGGCCACCGAUGUCCUCAGCAAGAGGACAACCACCAGGAAUGUAUGGGCCACAGCC